AUAGUACUAUUUAAAAACCCGAAGCAACCGCAACAAUGUUUUCGCGGUAUCUUAUUUUUUCCGUUUUGCAUAAAUUUGCGUCAAAUAUAAAAGAAUGAGCAUUAUUCAAAUGCGUAGUCCAUUGUAAUUCCUCUCAGCUUGGAGACCAACAUAAAUACACGGUUUCAAAUAUCACGUUUUAAAAUAUCGUGCAUUUUUAUUUAUUCCUUUUCCUUUUAUCAUAACGAGAACAAAAGUAUUUCAACGUUCACAUUCUAUUUUACCUGUGGAUGAGAAAUUCUCUCGUCACGCCAAGCGUACGUGUUCGUUCGUACGCAGUAGUGGCAGUUUGCGGGUUAGAAGCGUAUACUACAUAAUCGACGAGUCAUAUAAUAGGUAUGUCCAACUAAAACCGUCGCACAUAACGCUUAAUAUCAAUUAACACAUCGCUAAGGAACAUUUGAAUGACAACAAAUGCUUGAGAAAAAGAGUCGAGCGAAAAGAGAGAUCAAAAUUGAGGCUUGCUUCGGAUCCUAUUGAUCGCGGCUUGCAGCGGCUUGGAAGAGCAAGGCGUACGUAGAUUUCGCAUAGAUGGCAGAUCAAGAAGAAAAAAUGAAAGUCUGUGUUAUCGGUGCUGGCGCGGCCGGUUUGUGUGCAGCCCGACACUUGGCGGCAAAUUUGAGAUACGAAAUUACGGUCUACGAGCAGACGAACGAAAUAGGAGGCACGUGGGUCUACAAUGAACAGAGUGGCCUCGACGAGAAUGGAUUGCCGAUUCAUUCCAGCAUGUACCAGAAUCUAAGAACGAAUUUGCCCGCUAAAAUUAUGAAUUUUCCGGAUUAUACGGCAAUGGAAGGGGAAGAACCCAGCUGUGUGAGUCAUCAGGAGGUUUUAAACUAUCUGAAAGAUUAUGCCCAGCACUUUGAUAUACGUCGUUACAUUCAGCUCGAAACAGAAGUUGAACACGUUCGAUUUGAACUGUCCGAGUCUUGCAAUCGAGAAAAGUGGUCAGUGCAAGUAAAAAAAUUAAAAACAAACGAGAUAGAACUUCAAUAUUUUGAUGCGAUUAUGGUUUGCAACGGACACUAUUUCGAUCCUUACGUGCCAAUUAUAUCCGGCAUCGACAGCUUUCCGGGUGCAAUAUUGCACAGCCACGCGUACAGAAAACCAGACGAGUUUUCCGGGAAAACUGUAUUAGUGUUGGGUGCAGCUUCGUCUGGAAUCGAUAUUGGGAUCGAUUUAUCCGAUCACGCAGCUCGCGUGUACUUAAGUCACAAUCAUGACAGAUUAACAAGUUCUCUGCCAUCGAACAUGAUGCAAGUCGCGGGUGUCGAAAGCGUGCAUGAAAGUACAAUUCGCCUGAGAGACGGGACUAGCGUCGACGAUGUCGACGUUUUCCUUUUCUGCACCGGAUACAAAUACAGUUUUCCCUUCUUAGACGAGAAUUGCGGUAUACGGGUCGACAAUAAUUACGUGAUUCCGCUUUACAAGCAUCUCAUCAACAUCGAGCAUCCCUCGAUGUGCAUCGUCGGGAUACCCACGGUCGUCGUGCCAUUUCCCAUGUUUCAUAUGCAGGUGCAAUAUUUUCUGGCCCUGCUGGAAAAUCGAACGACUUUGCCAGCAAAGUCCGUAUUGUUGGAAGAUUCGACUUUAAAAACUCCGAAGAAGAGACACGCGCACAAGUUAAUGGAUCGUCAGUGGGACUACAAUGAUUCGUUGGCGAUUGCUGGUGGAUUCGAUCGGUUACCGUUGUUUUACAAACUCGGUUACGGAGCGUGGUCGGUGCAAAGGCCUACGAAUCUUUUGCGCUACAAGGAUUCCAGAUUCGUCAUCUCUGAAGACGGACAAAGCGUCGAAUUGAUCAUACCGAGCUAAAGUCUCAUAAAAUUUCGCAACAAUGAGAAUAAAUACAUCGAGUGUUUGAUGAUACGAUAUUUAGAGGUUAUAAAUGGCACAUACGAUAAGCAUUUGUUAGCAUUAUAUUUUAAUAUAUGUUGCAUUGUACUUUUACAACGAUCAAUUUCUCUUUA